GAAAAGAAAAAAGUAAAAUCUGGAAUUGCGAUAUGACUUUUCUCGUCAAUGAACAGUGAACACUCCCCAGUUUUUGUAACACAACUUCAACAAAACUAAAAACCCCUCCGAUUCUCUAUUUCUCUUCACACCUAACAAAAAUCUCUACCUUCUAGGGCUUUGCUUCAAUGGCGAUUUCUCUUACGGCAGUUGUACUUCUGAUGACGGCGGUAUUGAUGCUUUCCGUUGAGCUCGCCGCCGGUUAUACAUUCUCGUCGAGGUUGAUUCACGGGUUCUCAGAUGAAGCGUUGUCGUUUUGGGCAUCUAAAGGGAAGAGUAUGACGUGGCCGAAGCGCGAGAGUGUGGAGCAUAUGAGGUUGCUACUUAGUAAUGAUUGGAAACGACAGAGACUGAAGCUUGGUUCGCAGAAGCAGCUUUUGUUUCCAUCUGAAGGAAGUGAAACUCAUUUCUAUGGAAAUGAGUUGAGUUGGCUGCAUUAUGUGUGGAUUGACAUAGGGACACCAAACACAUCAUUUCUUGUCGCCUUGGAUGCUGGAAGUGAUCUGCUCUGGCUCCCUUGCAAUUGUGUACAAUGUGCUCCAUUGUCUUCAAGCUACUACUCAAUGCUGGAUAAAGAUCUGAAUGAGUAUAGCCCAGCACGAUCAAGCAGUAGCAAGUAUCUAUCUUGCAGCCAUCAAUUAUGUGAACUGGGUCCUAACUGCCGGAGUCCAAAGGAACAUUGCCCUUAUACUGUUAAUUACUAUUCUGAAAAUACAUCAACUUCGGGGUUCCUUUUCGAGGACCAAUUGCAUUUGACUUCAGUUGGUGGACAUGAACAUCAAGGUUCUGUGCUAGCUCCUAUUGUUAUAGGCUGUGGUAGCAAACAAAGUGGCAAUUAUUUGAGUGGAGCUGCUCCAGAUGGGGUGAUGGGAUUAGGGCCAGGAGAAAUUUCUGUUCCAAGUUUGCUGGCGAAGUCUGGAUUUGUUCCACGCUCAUUCUCAUUGUGUUUUGGAAAGAGCAAUUCUGGCACAAUUUUCUUUGGUGAUAAAGGGCCUGAAAAUCAAAGACGAAGUUCAUUUGUAUCUUUGGAUGAAAAUUACAAUACCUAUGUUGUUGAAGUUCAACAUUAUUGUGUUGGGGGUACCUGUCCAAAGCAAAGUGGAUUUCAAGCCUUAGUUGAUAGUGGGUCUUCCUUCACUUUUCUCCCUUCUGAAAUCUUUACAAAAGUAGUAACUGAGUUUGAAGAGCAAAUGAACGUUACGAGGUUAGCUAUAGAAGAUUUUCCUUGCUGCUAUAAGGCUAGUUCACAAGGUUUACCGAACAUUCCUAGCAUGAAACUUUUGUUAGCUGCUAAUCAGAGCUUUGUAAUUCAGAACCCCAUGUUUACCAUCUCCAGUAGUCAGGGUGAUAACUUUUAUUGUGUGGGUCUCCUACCUAUUGAAGGAAUGAUUGGUAUUAUUGGACAGAACUUUAUGGAGGGAUAUCGAUUGGUGUUUGAUUGGGAAAACAUGAAGUUGGGUUGGUCUCGCUCCAAGUGUCAAGACAUAGACGGGACAGCAAAGGUAUCACCAACACCACCUCCGAGUGGUUUGACAUCAAAUCCCCUGCCAACAACUGAGCAACAAAGGAACCCGGGUGGACAUGCAGUUGCACCCGCUAUUGCUGGUAAAGCUACCCCUAAACCAUCUGCAGCAUCACUCCUUGCAAUUUCACGGCAUUACACUAUGAGUUCUCUUAUAUUCUUAUUGGUUGUAUGGUUGCCUUAUCUGAUAUAGCAUUUGUAAUUAUGUACGUAUAUGUAAAUUCUCAUGUCUACAGUCAGAUCCUUCUCUCAGAAAUCAUGUAGUCUAGUCAAUUAAUUUCAUUGGUUUUGUUUCUAUCCUCA